ACCGGGAUUUUCACCUCCCAAGUUCGAUAAUUGAAGCUGAGUAUACAUCAUCAAGUGCUCCCGUACCAGCAUUGGAAAAAAGGAUUGGGAUGGGUUUAUAGCGAAACUCAAAUCAAACCUGUCCAGCUUGUCAAUUCGUGUUCGGCAAACAUGUCGCGCGCCUCGAAACUCACCUUGGCGGGCACCUCGCUCUUUGCUGUCGGAACAGUUAUCAUGGUGCACUUCCAGCAGAAGAUUGAGAAAGAGGCCAUGCAUCAGGGUGUUGUGCGCGACAUGGAGCAGCAGCGAAUCAAGAAGGAGCGCCAGCUUGAUUUCGACAUGCAAAGGGCAUUAGAAGAAGAGUAUAAGAAGGGCCAGACUGUUCGAGAUACUACAGACGAAAUACAAGCCAAAUCAUUACCAGAUCGGUAGUGUCAUGCUUGUAUUUCGUCGCAAUCCAAGUCUACCCCUCGUCGGGUAGUACUACUACGGUCUAUUACGCCCUGUCACUACAUCCCGUCUGGUGCGUGAUAAAGAGACGAGCUUAGUUCCCAGGAGUAAUAUGGUCCGAGAUCGAUUGCAUUUCCACUGACAUAAGGGUUGAUAGGCGAAAAGCCCAGUUUCAACCUUCUUCCUAUCAAUUCCAACACUCUCCUCUUCGACUAGUCCAAGGAGGCAAUAUGCCACUCUACCAGCUCUAGUUAUUAGAACGCUCUAAUGAGCAUCCGCUAUGCCAAUGUAUCAAUAUAUUAAAUUUGAAUCUAUCUAUAUAUAUUUUUUCUGGAUAGUA